CCCGACUGUUCCCACAACCAGUUUCAAGCCAGCUCUCGAGCGGUGGAGUCGUCGCCGUCCCACAUAUAACACCAUAGUAUCAUAGAUCCCCGAUCCACUCACUCCCUCCACUUCCCACGCUUCUGUGCAUUCAAGUGCAACUAAAAAUAGUAGCUAUUUCUUUUGUUUUGCUUUGUGUUUUUGCAAAACAACAAUUUGAAGGCAAUUUACAUACACGAAGCUGAGAAAGAAAACCGCCAAAAUUGGUUACCUAACGAAAACCUCGUUUGUGCUACGGGACGGCAAACUUACUUGUAUCGCCAUCAAGAACCUCUGCAUCUUAUCCCACCCCAAAUUCCCCGCAUUAUCCUCCUUGCAUCAAGUUUCUCUUGGAACUCUUCACCUCUAAACAAAAGUAAACAAAAGAAGACGAUAUGGGCUUCAGUUCGCGAAUGGACUGCUGCGGGCAGUUCGUCAAGUACAGUCUUUUCAUAGCCAACUUUGUGAUAUUCGUGGGUGGAGCCAUUGUGUUUUGCCUCACCCUGUGGACUCUGGUGGAUCGUAGUUUCGUCAAUGAGUUGCUCGGUACAAAUCUUUUCUCGGGAGCUGUCUACGUCCUGCUGGUUACCUCGAUUAUCAUUUGCCUGGUGUCCUUUUUGGGUUGUGUUGGUGCUGGAAAAGAAGUCAAAUGCCUGCUUCUAACAUAUUUCAUAAUAGUGGCCCUAGUUUUCGUCACCAUGCUAAUUGGCGGCGUCUUGGGUUACGUGUUUCGCGAACGAGUUCAGCAGACCAUGCGGCAGGAAAUGCGAUCGACGAUGGCGCUGUACGGAAGCAGGAGGGAGAUCACCCAGGCCUGGGACUUGACCCAGGAGCGACUACAGUGCUGCGGAGUGGAUACGUGGCACGACUGGAAUAGGUACGGACCGGUGCCCGAGUCCUGCUGCCAGGAGCUGUUCGGUGGCCAACGCAAGGAGUGCACCAUCUUUCCGACCAUCACGAAUCUGUACAACCAGGGCUGCCUCUAUGUGACAACCAACUUCAUCAGGGACCACGCGGCGGUUAUUGGGGGUACAUCCAUAGCGGUGGCCAUACUGAUGAUCUUUGGCAUGAUAUUCUCCUGUCUACUAUUCAAUAUGAUCGAAUAGCGCCAAAGAGAAGGGAAAUCCCAUGGUCACGCAGGAAAAUCAGAUACCAAGGUCCACAGUCCGAAAGAAACCGAUUUUUAAACGUACUUCGCUGGAGUUAUAUUAAGAGUAUUAUCCGAGUGUAUGAUUAUGUUAGAUCUGCACAGGUCAACUUUGCGUUUGUAUUAUGUAUUGUAUGUAUAUACGUGUCUAGAUACGCAUAACUAGUGAGUAUUGAACUUAGUAGUGAUUGUAUUGUUAUCAUCUGUUGCAUAAAAGUGUAUUAUUUUUAUGAAAUUCUGUAAAUUUUGUCUUAAGCCCCCGUUAUCAAAGACCCAUUACUUUUGCUAGUUUUAAGCGAGCUUUUCUAUUCUGCAUGGAGAAUUUAGAUGUCUGUCCAUUGUUGUUUCUAAUAAAAUUAGUUAAAACCAAA